UUCUCCAUCUCCCUCUCUCUCUCUCUCUCUCUCUCUCUCUCUCUCUCUCUCUCUCUCUCUCUCUCUUCAAACCCUAGAAAACAAAUUCACGCAUUUUGCACUAUCAAAGCUUAAAUUUCGGAUCUCUCUCCCACAGCUGUCGCUUCGAGGAGGAAAGGAUGAGCAGAGAUCAUCCUCCCGAGCCUCUUGAUUUCUUCAUCUGGACUGUCGAGGAUGUCGGGUCUUGGCUCGAAGAGAUAAACCUUGGGAGCUACCGCCCGAUUUUCAAAGAAAAUGGUGUCAAUGGAGAAUAUCUAGAAAGCAUGUCUGUGUUUACAACCGAGCAGAUCCUUCACUUCAUAAGGAGGCAUCACAUGAAGUGGGGAGACUUCAUCACCCUCUGUAAAGAACUCAGAAGGAUUAAAGUGGCUUGCUUGAAAGGUGAGCAAAGAGUUCGACGGCCGUGGUGGGCACCGUCUUGUCUAUCGGUAGUCUUUGUUAAGGCAGCUAAACGCAACCGACAGUCUCGUGUUGUAUCUCUCAAGCUUGAAUCUUGACAUUACACUUUGGGUUGUUUAUGUACGUACUUGUCUCUCUUCUCUUGUCUUCUCUUCUCUUCUUUUUUUUUUUCCUUUUUUUUUUCUUUGGUUUGAGUUUGUUGUGGCACAUGCACUAGGAAGAACAAACUCAAGCCAAAAAAAAGCUGUUUGGCUUGGUAAAAUCUUGCAAGAGAAACAAAAUUAUGCGUUUUGUAUUUUGGUGUAUACGAAGCUUGCUCUCAGAUACACUCAACUGUGGCUUGUGCAAUAUUUAUGUGACUGGUAAUAGUGUGACUAAUCGGAAGUAGUAAUUUGAUUAUACUA